AAUCGUACUACAGCUGAUUCGGCUGUCAAACGAACCAAAUUUACUUGCCUUGAACGAAUAACACGUGCAUUUUUGACCGCUGCAUCUCGCGAAUCUAUUUUUUGCAACUCGUACCAUUUCCGUUUGGCUGCAAUAGUAAGUUUUUCAAAAUCCCAAUUAACUAAAGAAGCGAAGGAAACAGUAAUAAAUCCCUUCCACACCAUUGCUAAGCCUUUGUGAAUACCAAAAUUACUGCAUAGCACGGCUGAUGCCGGCUGGUGCAUGCAUGUUGAUUGAUUCGUUUUUUCUGCAAUAAGCCAAUUGCAAAAGCUAAAGUUUAACAAGUGCAUUCCCAAAGCGUAUAAUUCGUUUCAGAGUGCAAGUGAAAUUUGUGAAAUAGUUUACAAAAUCAAGAAAAUUUUAACGCAACAAACUCCAAUAAAAGCAGAGUAUUUAUUAUCCAAAUUAAUUGAUUGUGUGCGCGACAAAAAGUGAGUUGUGAAUAAAAAUAUUGAAAUUAAUGUGAUUUUUAAGCAAUAAAUUGAUCAAAUUUGCAUGUGAAAAGAUAUCCAGUCAAAGUUUAUUUAAAAGAAAAUGAUGGAGAAUCGGGUGUUGCGCUACACUUUUUAUAGCCUGACAACGGGCAUAUCGGUAGUGUUGUUGUCGGAAAUUUUAUAUCGUGGCUAUUUGUACGUGCGCGAACGAAUGUGGCGACGCGAUUCAUCUGACGAUGAAGUGAACGAAGUCAUCUGGACGAAUGAGUUGACACAAAGUUGUGCUGGUGGGCACAUAUUAAAGUCCCCGUCCGAACGCAAGAGUCCUACGCAGGAGAAUCCAUCGAAAGGCAUGGUCGAGAAUGGACAUAUUACAAAACUACCAGUCCCCAGUACGAGUCCUACAUGUCAAAAUCGGUUUUGUGCUUCUAAAAAUGUCGGCCGUUUAAUAUCGUUAAUUGAUAAAUCAAAACAUACAAUAGAUCUAGCCAUGUAUACGUUCACAUCCUACGAUCUGUCGCAGGCCUUCAUGCGAGCCAUUCGUAGAGGAGUGUCUGUGCGUAUAAUAAGUGACAAAGAAAUGGUAUACUCCAGUGGAUCACAAAUUAUAACACUGACAAAAGCAGGCGUUGCGGUUCGUUGUCCCAUGACUACAAUGCUAAUGCACCAUAAAUUUUGUUUGUUGGAUGGUCCAAGGCGCGCGCGUACGGUUUUGGCCAAUGUUGGAAAAACGUAUGAUUCAAAAACUUCCAAGGGUAUCGUCAUGUCUGGCUCACUAAACUGGACGAUGCAGGGUUUUGGCGGUAACUGGGAAAAUAUUGUAAUCAGCUCGAAUAAAGUGUUAUUGGAACAAUUUGAGGAUGAAUUUGAACGUAUGUGGCUAACGUUCGCACCAAAAAUGAGUACUUAAACAUGUAAAACCAAAGCUAAAAUUGAUAUACUCGCGGAGGUAAAAAAAUUCGCAGAAUGAAGAGUUUGCAGAGAAGAGGGGAAAACUUUCCCUUGUAAAUACCUCUUUUCGCCAAGAUAGUGACACAAAAACUUCGUGCGAUAAAAGCUUAUCGAGGGUUCGACUGGUUUGCCCGGAUGGCCCGGACUUCAAUGCCAUAGAACACUUAAGGCCUGAGCUAAACUGAUUUUUCGCAGCAACUGAGAAAUUUUCCCGCGCCCUCAAAUAAUUAUGGCAACAAAUAGAAGCAACAUGGUUUCAAAUUACAGCAGGUAUUUGCCAAAAAUUGAUCAACAGUAUACGACCCAAAAUAUACAUAUGCACUUCUGAAAGUGAAAAGUGACUACCUAAAGUAUUGACAUUUAGACUAAAAACAAAAAACAAUUAUGA